UAAUUAAGCUUAUACUACAUUGUAAAUAUUGCACAGUGGAACAAAAAAAAUACAAACCUGUGAAAAUAAACAAAUUGAAUUGAAACAAAAAAAGCAAUCUAGUCUUGUGGGAAAAAAAAGGCAAAACCAAAGUUCGUAAAGAAACAUUUUGGUCCAUUCGGAGCCGAAUUUGUGAAAAAAAAGUGUGGUUAUUUCAAAAAAAUUUUUAAAUUAAGUGGCCAUUUCGAAAAGUGUGAUUUUGGUGGUUCACAGACAUUAGUUGUGUUACAUCCCUUUGUGAAAAGCUAAAAUACAUUGGAAAAAGUAAAAAAUUUUAUUUUUUGUUAAAAAAAAAAAAAAAAAUAAUAAUAAUAGAAAAUAAUCAAAAUUGUACAAGAGACAUUGUGAGCGUGCUGCAAGAUCAAUUAAUCUACACAACAACAAAACAAAAGCUCGGUUCGGGGUCGCGUUACAUAACAAGAGAUUGAUCCAGAAAUCUUAAAUCCGUUACGAGCAUUCCAGCAAUUCAGCCAUAAGGUUUUGAGCGGACGGACAUUGGAAGGCCGGCGUCUACAGACACACACACACACGUAUACCUCUACACAUACACUCAAACCUUACCUUCAAAGAAUGGCGGCCUACUUACCCCGUGGAGAUUGGCAAGAGGAGGAGGAAAGACCUCGCGAAAACAAUCGUGGCGCACGACACAAUGAAAGACGUGAUGGCAAUCGCCAGGAAAGAGGACAUCCUGGAGCGGACCGGGACUUGCAACGUGGGCGUGGUCGUCCAAGUACAUGGCAGUAUUCAUGUGGUCUUUGCCAAGAUGACCACGCUCUUAACUCAUGCCAGCGCUUUCGAGACAAAACCCCGUACCAACGGUACGAAACAGUGGAAAGGAGAGGCUAUUGUAGAAAUUGCCUGGCAAGAAGUCACCUAGCGCCAGACUGUACAAGCCUCACAGGGUGCCGCCGUUGUCAUGAUCGUCAUCACACCCUACUCCAUGGGGCCCCUCAACUCGAAGAGGCACCCCUCAAUAUAGACGUGCCUGUGACACCGCCCCGCUUCUUAUGGGACAUUGUUUUUGUGCCGACGGCCAUUAUACGCAUAACCGGUGAAGACGUCGACAGUUGGGCUUCUGUGCGAGUCCUGGUAAGCCAGUCCUCUAUAAUGUCCAGAAUCGCGUAUGCGACGUUCCGCCGGCUUGGUCUUCGAACGUUUUUGUACCAAGGUAAACGAUUUGCUAGCUUUAAAAUUAUGUCUCGCCAACCCACUAGCACUUGGGCGUUAAAGGUCAACGCGCUCAUCACGGACGAGCUGCCAAGACAACCCUAUUCCGACCCUCUUCUUCACGACCCGACCCGUGAUUUAACUGAUAGCUCACUAGCUGACCCGGACCCGAGAAGCAAUGUUCCUAUCGAUCUAGAGCUUGGUGCAGAUACAUACUCUGCAAUACAUAGAGAAGGUCGCAUAUUUACCGGACUUGGUGACGUCAACGCCUAUAGGACGGUACUGGGAUACAUCAUAUCCGGCCCUAUUCGGAAUCUAAAUCAAUAAGGCUUCCAUCGUCAUACUUACUUAGCCCUUAAAAUCUUGGAAUGUAACACUUGGUCAUGGGGGGCGGAAUGUUCAUGGUUGUGCUAUUUUUUUUAUCAUAGCUGCUGUGCUAGCUAAACGCAACAGGUAUGUGCCUAGCGGUCUGUCAUGUAAAACACACACGCACUCAUACCAACGUGCGUAUAUGCAGUCGCUGGGUACAUACUUGUUUGUUGUUAUUCAGCCAAACAAAUGUUCAUCGCCAACCACUGGCAGAUGAUAUUCUUUUCUUUUUGGUAAUUAUUCGAAGUCAAGCUUAACUCCCGUACGCAUAUAAACCCCCGCGACCAAGAAAAAAAAAGAACAACAAAAAGAACCUGUGAGCAAGGAAAAAGAAAGAAAAAGUGAAAUUAAAUUGUACACAGCAAAGAAAUUAAGAACUGUUUAAAAUGUGAAAUUGUUUAAAAAUACUUACCAUCUAGAAAAUAAACAUACUUACCUAUAUUGUGACCCC